AUGACGGUCGCGAUAGGUCGGCAGGCCAUCGCCAUCUCUUCGCUGCGCAAUCCACAGUUUCAUUGUUCUGCUGCUGUCAUUCCUUUCUUUCCCCACCACCCUCCCAAACCCUCCCCAUCCCGCGCCUUUCCCCCCUCGCCCCUCGGGCAGUCCAAUUCCCACCCCAAGCCGGACACGUCAUCCCAUGGCUGCGAUUUCAUCUCCUCUCUUCCCUCCUCCGUGCUCUCCUCUUUACCUUCCUCGUUUCCCCGUUCAGCCAGCCCACUUCCCACCCAAGCCAGGCAUGCCCCCCCCUGCAUAGUUGACCUCUCCUCACCUUGUCUCGUCCCCCAUCUCUCAUCACACCUCUCAUCCUUCAACCCGAGCCCUUGUUCCGCCCCUUCUCCCACUCGCCUUCAUCUGCUCCCCCCAAGGCGGGCUGAGCUGGCGCACGCUGACGUGGCAACUGCUGACGUGGCACGGGUGCAGCUGGAAGGCGUGUUUUCAGCGUUCGAGGAGGAGCCAGUUUGGUCUUCAUCCAUUGCCCAGUGCCACGCUGCCUCCUCCCACUGCUGCCACCCUGGGCACCGCUCCUGGCUGCUGGGUGGGGAGAAGCGGUAG